UCCAGUCCGGACAGACACAAGUUAUUAGGGAGGCAAGCGAAGGUCCAGUCAGCUGCUCCCCAUCUUUUCUGCAUCUACCACUGUGGCCGUCAUCCUUCCUGUAUGGUGGAUAUUAUUUUCAGCUCUUCUUUCUUGGGUGAUAUGGGGGAUCAUUCCAAAAAGAAGCCAGGAUUCGCGAUGUGUGUAGGAUGUGGAAGUCAGAUCCAUGACCAGUACAUACUGAGAGUCUCUCCCGACCUGGAGUGGCACGCAGCCUGUCUGAAGUGCGCAGAGUGCAGCCAGUACCUGGAUGAGACCUGCACUUGUUUCGUCCGCGACGGCAAAACAUAUUGCAAACGAGAUUAUGUAAGGUUGUUUGGGAUUAAAUGCGCAAAAUGCAACCUGGGAUUCAGCAGCAGCGAUUUGGUGAUGAGGGCCCGGGAUAACGUGUACCACAUCGAGUGUUUUCGGUGCUCGGUGUGCAGCAGACAACUGCUGCCCGGAGACGAGUUCUCUCUGCGGGAAGAGGAGCUGCUGUGCCGGGCGGACCACAGCCUGCUGCUUGAGAGAAGCUCCGCGGGGAGUCCGAUCAGUCCCGUCCACAUCCACUCCAACAGACCACUACACCUGGCAGAUCCGGUCACGGUGCGGCAGGCCCCGCAUCGGAACCACGUCCACAAGCAGUCAGAGAAGACGACGCGGGUGCGGACGGUGCUGAACGAGAAGCAGCUGCACACGCUGCGGACCUGCUACAACGCCAACCCGCGGCCGGACGCGCUGAUGAAGGAGCAGCUAGUGGAGAUGACCGGCCUCAGUCCCAGAGUGAUCCGGGUCUGGUUCCAGAACAAGCGCUGCAAAGACAAGAAGAAAACCAUCCUGAUGAAGCAGCUCCAGCAGCAGCAACACAGUGAUAAGACUGUAAGCAUCUUCAACCUGCAGGGCCUCACAGGGACGCCUCUCGUGGCUGGGAGUCCCAUUCGGCACGAGAGCACAGUGCAGGGAAACCCGGUGGAGGUUCAGACCUACCAGCCUCCGUGGAAAGCACUGAGCGAGUUCGCCCUGCAGAGUGACCUGGACCAGCCGGCCUUCCAACAACUGGUGUCUUUCUCUGAAUCGGGAUCACUCGGGAACUCCUCGGGCAGCGACGUGACUUCUUUGUCCUCUCAAUUACCGGACACUCCCAACAGUAUGGUACCCAGCCCGGUGGAGACGUGAAACGGGGCCCUCAGACCUGCAGGUCCCCCCCCCCCUCAUCCCUGCAAGGACAGUUGCAGCAUG